CCCGGAAACGCCGCAGUUUCGCCGGGAAGGGGUCACUCAAGUUCAAGUCUUCAUGAGUGGUGAUGGAGGGGCAUCCCGACCCUCUUCUAUGUUUGAAGAAGUCAGGACCACCAAGGCAUCAUCGGGCACCUCUGUGAAAGGCAUGUAAUGCCCCCAGCAUGCAGUAGAGGGCAAAGGAGUGCAAACUUCACAGAAAAGCUGGACUCAGGCACUCCUGGAGCCAGUCCUGGUUCUGUCAAUGAAUCAUUCGCACCUGCAGCUCUGCCGGAGCCGCUGCCAGCCUGGGGAGAGACAAGAUAGCAGAAUGGCUAAGAGCCCCGGCUCUGGACUCACCAUGGAGUAACUUUGUGACCAUGAGGCAGCUACAGGACCUCUCUAAGCACCACCUUUCAUAUCUGUAAAUGUUGUUUUAGAAAAUAAAGACAUGCCUCCUAGAAUUUCUUCACUUCAACAAGAACACCAAUAACAAUAAACAAAACAAAUUUGGGCAGGUUCUAGAGAAAGAAAAAUCCAGGUAAGAGCGAGGUAAUAAUCCAGAUGUCCUUUUGUGUCAGUUGGGCCAGUUUUGUCCCCGCCUCAACACCCACGUGGGUGCAUGUGUGCUCACACAUUUCUCAGAAUGGAACAACGUGAACGUUAGAGAGAAGUCUCGCUACACCCUGAGUUUGCCCCUGGUCCCUCCUGCUUGUCCAUAGGGGUGACGAGUCUGGGGGAGACUGGGAGUCAAUGUGCAAUAAACAUGCAGGUAGAAGCAGGGAAAGUCUCACCCUGCUCAUUACCUUCCGUUGUGUUGUCAGAGUGCCUGGUGUAGGGGGACAUAAAGUUGAAGAUUUCACUCAUACAAUAGUGGGAUCUAACCACUUCUCACCCCCUCCUCACUACCCUCUUUCUGGCAUGAAUUCCUCGUUAGUGUCCCGGGGGUCUUUCCUGCCAGGCUCGUGCCCCUCCAGUCAUUCCCAGCUAACAAGGAGAGAAUGCUUUAAGAUGUGCAUCAGAAUCUGCCACUCCGCUGCUCUAAAUCCUACAUUCAUUUCUUAUUUCAAUCAGUGGAAAAUCCCAAAUCCUUACAAGAUCUGACCUCUUCAAUCCACUUCCUCAGCUCCGCUCCAGUCACUCCUCACAUUUUCUGAAGAGGCUCCCACAUCUGGUCUUUGAACUUGCACUUGCUCUUCUCUUUCCAGAAUGUUUUUUCCCCAGACGACAAGAGGCUUGCUCCUUCCACCCUUUAUAUCUUUGCAUGAAGGUCACCAUAUCAGCGAGGCCUUUUUAGACUCCCCUAUACCAAUAUCACCCCUCAGCCACCCUCUCCUCCCCUUAUCUUGGCUAUUUUCUUCAGCCCUGAUCAUCACCUAACAUAGAAAUCUAUUCCUUUGUUUAUAGUGCCUCUUUUCUUACCCCUUACUGGAAUGUAAGUGUGUAAGAAGAGAAAUUCUGUCUGUUCUACUCAUUGCUGUAUCCUCAGUGCCUGGAAAAAUUCCUGGCAAAGUAGAUCUUGAAUAAUAAUAUUGUGAAAUUUUUAGUUCCCCAACCCCUCUGUUCUGUGUCCAAUCAAGCACUUGAAGCCUGACUCUUCUCUCAAAGUCCUCAGAAUUCUGCAUGCAUGACUGUCUUCAUCUGUAACCUGUGGGUAACAGCACUUCUCUCACAGAGUUUCGUGAUGAAUAAGUAGGAUAAUAUAUGUGAAGGGUUUAUUGUACCUCUUGGCUCACUGAAAAGCUUCAAGAAAUGGAAGCUGAUUCUAUCACUGUCACUAUUAUUUGGCAGUGAUCCCGACUGCUUUUGCCACCAACCUGAAGACAUAUGGAGGCAUAAGGACCAGAACCACUCUUUUUAUUUCUGUGUUUUGGACCGUCCAUGUGCAUGGGUAAGUAUUAUUGACAGUCAGGUAUAAGCUUAAGAGGCUCCCUAUGUUCACAAAUAACAAAGUUGAGUAAACAGCUUCAUAACAUUAAUUCAGGGGCCCACACUGUUCAGUUAUAAAGAUUACUUUCAUUGAGAACUUAUGUCCACACAAAAACCUGUACACAGAUGUUUAUAGUUGCUUUAUUUAUAAUUGGUAAAACUUGGAAGCAACCAAGAUGUCCUUCAGUAGGUGAAUGGAUAAGCUCUAGUAGAUCCAGAUAGUGGGCUAUUAUUCAGUGCUGAAGAGAAAUGAGCUAUCAAGCCAUGCAAAGACAUAGAAGAAACCUAAAUGCAUACUACUAUGGGAAAGAAGACAAUUUGGAAAAGAUAUAUAUUGUAUUGAUUCCAACUAUUAUGUCAUUGUAGAAAAGGCAAAACUAUGGAGACAAAAAAAAUGACCAGUGGUUUCCAGGGAUUGUGGGGUGGGCAGAGGAUGAAUAGGCGUACAGGAUUUUUAGGGCAGUGAAAAUACUCUGUAUGAUACUAUGAUGAUGAAUACAUGUCCUUAUACAUUUGUCCAAACCCACAGAAUGUGCACCAAGAGUGAACAAUAGUGUAAACUGUGGACUUGGAGUGACUAUGAUGUAUCAGUGCAGGUCCAUCAGUUGUAACAAAUGCACCACUCUGAUGGAGAGGGGGUUGUUGAUGAUAGGGAAGGCUGUUCACAUGUCAGGGCAGGAGGAAUAUGGAAAAUCUCUAUACCUUCCCUUCAAUGUUGCUAUGAAUCUUAAACUGCUCUAAAAAUGUCUUAAUUUUUAAAAAUUUCUUUUAAUUGUCUUAAAGCUUUCAGGCUAUCAAAAGGGGAUGUGGGAGAGGGUGUCGAAUAUGUCCUGGCAGUGCAGUUCCUAAUUUGAGCUGGGUGAGAGGCAUUUCUACCAACUAUAUAUAUCUAUCUCCCUUCUGGGAAUCCUGACUUGCCUCAGUGAUGGGGGUAUGACACAGUAAUGGACUUGGAAAUCUAUGGAGCCAAGCUCUGAGAUCAAAUCAAAGACUCAGUAUAUGGGUUGGAACCCUACUGCAAAUACUUGAACUGAGAGUCUUCUGAAAUGAUCUCAACCAAGAAGAUCAAUUAGAAGAUUAUAUGCAAGACUGAACUCUCACAAGGAUGUUACAUGAAUAAUCUCAGGUGAAUAUAGUCAAAUGUUAGUACUUAAAAAGUCCUACAGGGUUUAACAAAUCACAUAACCUCUUAACGUUAUAUGCUGUUUUUCCAGGAUUUGAACUCAUCUUCACCAUUUAUAUGAGGUGACGUGUGAUAAAAUUCACAUGAGGUGAACCAGUGAUAAAAUUCUCGGAAUUACAAUGAGACAUAUCAGAAGCAUUUACCUAUUUUGUUGUAUUGUUAUAUCAGUGGGUGGUGGGGCUUCAAAGCUGCUGGAAGAAAGGGAAUUGACUAUCAACUGCUCCAACAUGUCUUUAAGAAAGAUUCCCACAGACUUGACCCCAAGCGCAACCACGCUGGAUUUAUCCUACAACCUCCUUUUUCAACUCCAGCGUUCAGAUUUUCAUUCUGUCUCUAAACUGAAAGUUUUGAUUCUGUGCCAUAACAGAAUCCAGGAGCUAGAUAUCAGGACCUUUGAAUUCAACACGGAGUUAAGAUAUUUAGAUGUGUCUUACAACAGACUGAAGAUGGUAACCUGGUUCUCACUGGCAGGUCUCAGACAUCUCGAUCUUUCCUUCAAUGACUUUGAUACUGUACCUAUCUGUGAGGAGACUGGCAACAUGUCACACCUGGAAAUCCUAGGUCUGAGUGGGGCAAAAAUACGGAAAUCAGAUUUCCAGAAAAUUGCUCAUUUGCAUCUAAAUACUGUCUUCUUAGGAUUGAGAACUCUUUCCCAUUAUGAGGAAGGUAGCCUGCCUAUCUUAAACACAACAAAACUUCACAUUGUUUUACCAAUGAAUACAAAUUUCUGGGUUCUUUUGCGUGAUGGAAUCAAGACUUCAAAAAUACUAGAAAUGACGAAUAUAGAUGGCAAAAGUCAAUCUGCAAGUUAUGAAACUCAACAGAAUCUUACUUUAGAGAAUGCCAAGACAUCCAUUCUGUUACUUAAUAAAGUUGACUUACUCUGGGGUGACCUUCUCCUUAUCUUCCAAUUUGUUUGGCAUACAUCAGUAGAAUACUUCCAGGUCCAACAUGUGACUUUUGGAGGUAAGGUUUAUCUUGACCACAAUUCAUUUGACUACUCAAAUACUGUAAUGAGAACUAUAAAAUUGGAGCAUGUGCACUUCAGAAUUUUUAAUAUUCCACAGGAGAGAGUCUACUUGCUUUUUACCAAAAUGGAUAUAGAAAACCUGACAAUAUCAGAUGCGCAAAUGCCUCACAUGCUGUUCCCUAUUUAUCCUACGAGAUUCCAAUAUUUAAAUUUUGCUAAUAAUAUCUUAACAGAUGACGUGUUUAAAACCCCUAUCCAAUUGCCUCAUUUGAAAACUCUCAUUUUGAAGGACAAUAAGUUGGAGACGCUUUCCUUAGUGAGUUGUUUUGCCAGCAACACAUCCUUGAAGCACUUAGAUCUGAGCCAAAAUCUGUUACAACAUGAAAAUGAUGAAAAUUGCUUGUGGCCAGAAACCUUGAUCACCAUGAAUUUGUCAUCCAAUAAAUUUACUGACUCUGUUUUCAGAUGCUUGCCCAGAAAUAUUCAAAUACUAGACAUGAAUGAUAACAAAAUUCAAACUGUCCCUAAAGAGAUUAUUCAUCUGACAUCCUUGCGAGAGUUAAAUCUUGCAUUUAAUCUUCUAACUGAUCUUCCUGGGUGCAGUCAUUUCGGAAGACUUUCAGUUCUGAACGUUGAAAUGAACUUAAUUCUCAGCCCAUCUCUGGAUUUUUUUCAGAGCUGCCAGGAAGUUAAGAUUCUAAAUGCAGGAAGAAAUCCAUUCUGGUGUACUUGUGAAUUAAGAGAUUUCAUUCAGCUUGAAAAAUAUUCAGAGGGCAUGAUGGUUGGGUGGUCAGAUUCAUACAUUUGUGAAUACCCUUUGAAUCUGAAGGGGACUCAGUUAAAGGAUGUUCAUCUUCCUGAAUUAUCUUGCAACGUAGCUUUGUUGAUUGUCACCAUUGUGGUUAUCAUGCUAGUCCUGGGGAUGGCUGUGGCCUUCUGCUGUUUCCACUUUGAUCUGCCCUGGUAUCUCAGGAUGCUAGGUCAAUGGGCACAGACAUGGCACAGGGUUAGGAAGACAACCCAAGGACAACUCAAGAGAAAUAUCCAAUUCCAUGUGUUUAUUUCAUACAGUGAACAUGAUUCUGCCUGGGUAAAGCAUGCACUGAUCCCCAAUCUAGAGAAAGAAGACGGUUCUAUACUAAUUUGUUUUCAUGAGGGAAACUCUGACCCUGGCAAGAACAUUACUGAAGAUGUCAUAAAGUGCAUUGAGAAAAGCUACAAGUCCAUCUUUGUCUUGUCUCCCAACUUUGUCCAGAGUGAGUGGUGCCAUUAUGAACUCUACUUUGCCCGCCACAAUCUCUUCCAUGAAAGUUCUGAUAACAUAAUUAUCAUCUUACUGGAACCCAUCCCACUCUACUGCAUUCCUACCAGGUAUCCCAAGUUGAAAGCUCUCAUGGAAAAGAAAGCGUGCUUGGAAUGGCCCAAGGAUAGACGUAAAUGUGGCCUUUUUUGGACAAACCUUCGAGCCGCUAUUCAUGUUAAUUUAUUAGAAACCAGACAGAUGUGUGAACUACAGACAUUCACAGAGCUCAAUGAAGGGUCUCGAGGUUCUACAGUCUCUUUGGUAAGAACAGACUGCCUAUAAAAUCCCAUGACCCCCUAGGGAAACUGGGGACUGCAUGCCCUGUUAGGAUAUAAAUUGAUAACAACCUUUAUGGUGGAAAUUAGCAAUAUCUAUUAAAAUGAAAAACUACCAUUCCUUCAUGUCGGUUCCUUGAAGGAGUUCUAAGAAUGUAUCCUACAGAAACACCCAUUGAAAACAUUUAUAUAAAAAAAGUGUUCGUCCUAGUGUUGUUUAUAAUCAUG